UAGAAUUAUCCCAUACAGCGUACAACAAGAUAAUGAAUAGGAGUAGAGUGUCAGAUCAUAUAGGGUAAAACAGUAGGAAAGGAAGAAUGGAGAAUUGGAUCACAUACAGCAAAAUGUUAAUAAUAUAGAUAUGCCUCCUCCAUGAUAGUCCAAUCAGAUGUUACUAACAGUGGAGCAUUGGGGACCUGAUGCGCAGUGAGAGCCACCUGCGUAUCCAAGCUCAUUGAAUCAAUGCUUUCCUAUCGGGGCUUCCGCGUCAUGUGACUUGAGUUUUAUUCAGUCAGUGAUGCAGAAGCGCCUCUAGUGGCUGUCUGUAUGCUAGCCACUAGAGAAGGAUUUAUCCCCGCAAUGUAAACGUUGUGGUUUCUUGUUUUAUAUUGCAGGGUUAAAAAGGACAGAAUCACUGCGCCCAGACCAUUUUGAGAUGGGUGACUGUAGUGGUCCUUUAACACAUGAUAUUGCUCGCUUGUGGCGGUUUUAUCUGGUUCAUUAAAUACAAUAUGAACUGCUAGGAAUGCAAUGCCCUGUGUGUUAUCCUGAAAACCUAGUUUGUCUGCAGUUUGAGAUCUCGGUAAAAAAAACUUUCUGUAUUAAUAAUUAAUAGCUCAUCAGUCUUAACCACUCUCAGUUAUUGAACACCUGAACCUGCCCAACACGUGACAGGUGGCCAUCGGAGUAUGGCCAGGGUUACCCUACAGCAGGACAUUACUACUCAGGGUUAAAGGCUGAAGUGAGAAUUCAAAGUGAAUUUCAGAUUUAAAGCCAAGGUAGUCAGACUGGUAACAGAGCUGAUUUAGAGAAUGUUUGUCUAGUUUUUCCUUGAAUUUGAAAUUUACUUUGAAUUCUCACUUUAGUGGAUAACCCUGGCAUUGUCACGUUUAGGUCCAUACCUGCAAUUAAUGUGCCAAUUUGAAAUAGCUCAGCUGGUUGAAAAGGGAACAUUUAUAAUACAACUUCAUAAAUUAUUACUGGAUAAAUAAUCAUGUUUGGUUCAUUUUGAAAUUUGUAUUAUAACGUAUUGGUAAUAAAAGUUAAAAAAAAAAGUGUAACAAUGUCUGUUUAUUUGAUAAACACUAAUGACCCUUUUUCAGCCGAUGAGCUGGAUUUUCAAUAAAUACCCAAAUAUUCAGUAAGUAGUGCUUACACUAGAGAAAUGGAAAUGUGCGGCACAGACUAGUCUGGAAAUUUCAGGGACAUUGACAAGGGAACUGCAAUGUGUAGGUCACAAUAGCUGACCUUCAAACAUUCUCCAUUCCUUCGCCAAUUCCCCACAAUUGCCAAUUAAUUUAAAAAAACAAAACAAAACAUUCUGUACAGGUGUGUUAUCCUCUACUCACAGCACAGAGGUCCAGCCCAUCCUGUGUGCCACUUUGAUGCUAUCUGAUACCUAACCGCUCUCCUAUUUCCAGCACAUUGAAAACAAGGAUCAGGUUAUCUUCAAAAAGUAAUUUUACCUGCAAAGCCCUCGCCAAAAGCAGCUGGUUGCAGGGUUUAGGGGGUACAAUAUCCAUCGACUGAAGGCACGUUAUAUUACAUGAAAAUUCAGCUAUAAAAGUCAUCUGUGCAAGUAAUUUCUUCUUACAAUGCAGGUAACAUUCUGCCGGCUACGUACUCACCAAUGGUGUUUCAUCCUAUUCAAUAUUGUCCUCUUCCAUGCCCUCCUAUUUGGAGCAGACUUCAUGGAGGAAUAUUUUCUUCAGUCUCCUCCCUUUUCCUACACAGAUGCAAAAUUCAUGGAAAUUCGAGAACAGGCCAGAAAAUUGGACUUGCAUCUCAUGAAAGACAAUAUAUCCAAGUCAUAUUUAAUUAGUGGUCCAGAUGUGUGCUCGGAACGAGAUGUCUUCUUGCUAUCUGUAGUCUUCUGUAGCCCUGAAAAUAAGACCAGGAGGAGGACAAUCAGAGAUACUUGGGGUAAUGUAACAGCCUACAAAGGUAGGGCUGUUAUCACAAUCUUUGCUUUGGGGAUGCCGGUCUCGGAAACCAUCCAAUCUGAAAUUGUCAAUGAAUCACAAAUAUACCGCGACAUAAUUGAAGGAAGCUUUCUGGAUACCUAUCACAACAAAACAUUGAAGAUGAUCAUGAUGAUAGAAUGGGUGGUUACCUUCUGCCCCACUGCUAGGUUUGUUCUUAAGACUGAUCAAAAUAUGUUUGUCAACAUAAAAAGCUUGGCUGACUAUCUGCUUGGUUUGGAAACAAAUUCUGAAGAUCUGUACACUGGACGAGUGAUCCACCAAAGUUUACCAGACAAGGAUCCACAGAGUCCCAACUUUGUCCCAGUAUCAUCUUACUCAGAAACAUACUACCCGGAUUACUGCAGUGGGGCUGCCAUGGUCAUGUCUCAAGAUGUGGUCCGUAAGGUCUAUCUUGUGUCAGAGCUGGUCACCACUUUAGUACCAUCUGAUGUCUUUGUUGGCAUUUGUGCUCUAAGAGCAGGAAUUCUUUCUACUCAUAGUUCUCGAUUUUCAGGCGCACGGCACAUCAGAUAUAACAGAUGUUGCUACAAAUUCAUUUUCUCUUCUUCCAUAGAGGAUGACAGAGAACUGUCUUCUGCUUGGAGAGAUAUGAAUGAGGGAGAAGACUGUACCGUGAUGAAAACGUACUAUGGCCUAGUGUCCUGUAAAGUCUGGACAUACAUAGAUAAGCUCAAUUAUUUUAACAAGGACAUAAAGGAUAGUGCAUUAUCUUUCUAAUUUGCCUCCUUGUGCAGAAGUUUCAAGCAGUCAUUGGCCAAUGAAGAAAGACAGAGAAAAUACUUAGCAAACACAUACAACCAGGUGUAUCUGCUCAUUUCUUCCACAAUAAUGAGAAUGUGAUUAGCUUUUUACAAAAUUAAUUCUACGUUAGUGUUGCACGAUAUCUGUGUAUGGUAUAGGAUAGAAAAUCGUGA